CUACAUGUUCUCCCCCCUAAACCAAAUUUCUCGCUCCCAUAAUUACCAUUACCAAAUGGGUAAGUAUCAUUGUAUCAAUUGAGGGCCGCCUUCAACAUUGCUCGUCUUCACUCCGAAGUCUGGCCGCUCCCUGGCUCUGGCUAGCCCCAACUUCUCCAGUCUCCACUGCCCUAAUCUGCAAAUCUGAAGCACGUCUAUCUACUCUAAUAUAAGGCUGUUUAAGCUAUGGAGGAACGAGACAGAAUCAGUGAACUUCCUGCAGAUAUACUUGACAAGAUUAUGGGAAAAUUGUGGAUUGAAGAAGCUGCUACCAUGGCCGUCUUAAACACUGUUUGGAGAGAUGCCUGGUACAGUCUUACUGAGGUUGCUUUUGAUGCUUCCUUCCAUUAUAUCCUUUACUGUGAUUUUAUUAAAAACCCAGACAAAUGGCAUGAUAUAGUCAACGAUUACUUCAAGAAGCACAAUGGAAAUAUUAAAAGAUUUGACAUGUAUUUUGGGCAGCAAGUAUAUAGAGGUGAUUUCGAUAAGUUGUUCCUCUCUGUCACAAAGAAAGGUGUUCAAGAACUCGACCUUCAGAUAUAUAGUGAUGAUGAUAGGAAUUACCGGCUGCCGCCCUGCAUCCUUAAAUGCUCUACUCUGAAGACAUUUUAUGCUUGUGGUGUUAAAAUAGACCAGAUAACACCCCGUUGCAUGUUUCCCAAUGUCACUUUUCUUAGCUUUGAUCUUGUUCAUUUUGGUGCAAGUAGUCUUCAACAUCAUGCCGUUGAUCUUCCAAAGCUCCAAAGACUGACAUUUAGCAGAUGCACAGACAUCUCUCAUUUUAACAUUACUGCUCCGAAACUUGGUAUUUUAUCAAUCGAAAAAUGUUACAUUAGUGGUGAUGAUGAUGUUGAGGAGGAGGAGGAGGAUGAUUACUACUCUGAUGAUGAUGAAAGGGACUCUGAUGACAGUUGCAGUAGUGGAGGUGAUGAUAAUAACGAUAUGUUUUGCUACAACCCUACCAAUGAAAAAGACAAACCCGUUGGUGGUUUUCUCCCUGCAAACUUAGAUUUGGGAUCUGUUUCUAGGCUUCAUUUGUGUUGUAAUGCUAUAUGGGGUGUUGUUGAUGAUUUUGGUAGAAAGGGACUUCAAAUGCCAAUGUUAGACGUGAAAUACUUAAACCUUUCAGGUGAUUACUAUCCAGGUUCUGAUAGUAACUCUAAGCUUGUUAAUUUGCUGAGAAGUUGCCCAAAAUUAUGCGAACUUGAAAUAUGUUUUCAGCUCCGUGGAUUAGACUCGCCUACUUGUGGUGAGAGUGUUUCUAAUCUCUUGGAAGGACUUCACAGGCUUCAUCACAGACACAAUGACCUCCAAACUUUGAAGCUUAGCGUGUAUUCAGCAUCCAAAUCUGAAGUGCAUUUGAUAACGGGACUGAUAGGCUGCUUUCCGACAUGCAAGAAGGUGUUUAUUUUUUCUCAGACAAGGUUCUCGUACGCGGAGGAGGUAGAAGCAAGAAAUGAGAUUUUGAGUUCUAGUCGUGCCUUAUCAACAGCAGAAGUUUAUUUUAAGUAAGAAGCCUUCUGGUUUUUAUGCAACUCUUAAACCCUCACCCUCCUGAUAUGUAAUGGAAGGACAUCCGAUUUCUUCUGCUCUUAAACAGCCAUGGUUUCAAUAUAUAUAUAUAUAUAUAUAUAUAUAUAUAUAUAGAGAGAGAGAGAGAGAGAGAGAGAGAGAGAGAGAGAGAGAGAGAGAGAGAGAGAGAGAGUUAUUCAGGUCCGGCCAGGCCGGACCACUCCCCUGUCCGGCCACCUCAAUUUGAGGUGGUUCCCGGUGGUAUUUUUUGCCCAAUUUUUUUGUGUAUGUUCCUCAUCAAGUCUAGUUCAUCCAUACCAAAUUUGAGCAAAAAAUUCAAUCGGAAAGGUUGUCAAAUGAUUUUUGCAAGUUCUCUGCGUUUUAUAUGUAUAUUCCGGACCAGUUAACUUGCAAAAAUCAUUUGACGACCUUCCCGAUUGAAUUUUUUGCUCAAAUUUGGUACGGAUGAACUAGACUUGAUGAGGAACAUACACAAAAAAUUUGAGCAAAAAAUACCACUGGGAAGGUCCCCAAAUGGAGGAGGCCGGACGGCGCUCCGGUCAGGAAUUUCCUGACCGGAAGAUUACUCAUAUAUAUAUAUAUUAGUGGAAAUGAUGGUUACGUUUUAGCUGCUUACUUAGAACAAAAGUGAGUUUAGUAACCUAAGUUCACAGACUGGUAAGCUUUAUCAUGCUGUUCGUAAUUGGGGAGAUGACAAAUAUGCUCCUAAGUACGUACCCUCUGCUUUUACCAUAUUCCAUUUCUGCUGCUCCAUAUUACAUGUCUAACUUGUCUUUUUGAAAUGUUUAUAUACUCAUAGGGC